AUGUCUUUCGACGAUACUUCCACCUCGCCAAGGCAGACCGAAGUCAGCAAAGAUGACGAGGACCAAACUCCUCUUGAGCACAGAAUCCCAUUUGCGUGGUGGACGACUGGUCUCUUUUUGAGCGCUGUGAUGUCUUGCGCGAUUCUAGUCAAACUUUUUCACAUGAACGUGAGAGAGGCGAUCUUGGCACUUAUUCUCGGAUUCCUCUUUUCAUUCAUUGGUGUCCAAUCUUCUGGGGCCACUGAUAUCAACCCGGCAUCAACUGCAUCCCAACUCAUCUUCGGUGGUGUCGGAAAGGGUUCUGGCUUGGAGCUGAAACCUGCAGAGAUGCUCAACCUCGCGGCUGGCGUCGUCUCCGCAGGUUCUGCGGCUCAAGCCUCCGACAUGACUGGUGAUCUGAAGACCGGUUACCUUCUUGGUGCAAAGCCUCGAAACCAUUUCAUUGCUCAGUUGUGUGGAUCCGUUGUAGCCGUAUUUUUGACAUCCGGUUUGUUCAUCCUCUUUACCAAAGCUACACCUUGUAUCCUUUAUGGACCUGAAGAAAACGGCAAGCAUCUUCUCUCGACUCUGGAUGUGGAACUUCUGGCGCCGAGUCCUGCGUAUCGUCUUCCUCAGGUCAAGACCUCUGUUGCUUUGAAUACCCAGGGGGUCUCUUGGUUCAACCUCAGGACCCCACCUCCGGAGCACUCAAUUCUUGUCAUGGAGUUUUGGGACUAUGAUCCAUCAACCGGCCCAAGUAAUAGCUGGACCAUUCACGGUCAGCAUACGAGCCUCGAUGUUUUCGUCUCGAAUCAAACGGCCGUAUUAAUAACAUCCAAUAGUUGCGACUCUACCUAUGACGAAAACUGCGAUCCAUCACGAGCGUAUACGGAUAUUGCUUCAUUGUUGACCGACAAUGAUGCUGGCGAUACGCUCUCGUACAUGCAAACUUAUUGGGUUGAUAUUGAUGGUGAUAACGAAGAAUUCUGGGAGCAUGAAUGGAGCACGCACGGAACAUGCUUUAGUACUCUAGAGCUCGACUGUUUCUCAGGCAUCAUCAGGGGACAAGAGGUACAACUGGGAAAUUUAAUGAAUUUCAUGAUCUUUGAUUUACUCAUCCAUUCCCUCAAGGCUGUUGCUUACUUUCAAUCGGUCGUGGCAUUGUUUAAAUCGCUCCCUACAUACGAAUGGCUCGCUAACAAAGGAAUUACACCGUCAAGUAGUACCUCAUAUUCACUUUCCAAAGUGAUAGCGGCUCUGGAAGAGGGGUCUGGCGGCUACACACCCGCCUUGGACUGCGACGGGAGCAACUUGAACCAGAUCUACUGGUACUUCCAUUUGAAAGGUUCUGUUGUUGACGGUGCAUUCGUUCCUAUCUCUGCGCCGGAAGCAGGGUCUUGUGGCUCUACGGUCAAGUACCCCCCCAAGUCAAGCUCGAGCACGCCAACGUCUACUACCACCUCAUCCUCCCCUAGUGGCACGUCGGGAAGAACGCUUCCCGCCAAGGUGACCGUCAUGGCCUUGCAAUCGGGAUCAGAGGACGGUGGAUUGCUCUCCUUAGGAACAUGGUCCACUCAGACUUUGGCGACGUUCACAACGACUGGAGAUGCUGAUAGCUUCACUAUGACUUCGUCGAAAGGCAACUGCGGCGUUUGCAGCGGCGCACUCACAUGUGGCAGCGGGGUGUCUUUAUCGACCUUCUCGACGAUCCUCUCGAAUGGCGAUCUCCUCUUGUCAUAUAACGGUGAGACCGACUUCAGCAGUGACGGGUCUCCAGGUGGAACGACAGUGUAUACAGUCUAUGUUGGUUCGAGCCACGACGAAAUUUACAGUCUGUCAAUACAUGAGAAGUGA